AUGCGAAAUACGGGGGCUUGGGUGAAAGAUGCAGAUGUUAUGACGACAUCAUACGGAGAUCUUGACGUCCUCGGUACCAUCGUGACCGCCGUGAAUUUAACGUCACCAAUUAAGGCAUCGGUUAAUCUAAGGAGAAACGUUUUAGGACUUUACGUACCACUGCCUUGUAUAAAAAAUUUUGGUUCUUGCGAAUAUCCGGAUUUAUGCGUUUACGGUUAUACAAACAAAGAAAAUUGUCCACCAUUAUUAGAUGAACACGACAUACCGUGUCGAUGUCCAAUCACGGCCGGUACUUAUAAUUUUCCUGGAGGACAAUUUCAAGUUCCAAAAACUCGUUGGGCAACCAUAUUGGCUGGAAAAUAUAAAGGAACUGUUAAAUUUUUUUCCAAAAAUCAAUUAAUAGCGUGUUAUAAAUUUUUUUACAGUUUAGAAUGA